CUGAGGGCUAGUUUCAGCUUCACCAUCAACUUUCAGGACAAAUGAAGAGAAAAUGGGAAGAAAGACUGAAGAAAGUGGAAGAACUAGCGUCUUACUAUGAACAAAACCCUCUUCCUCCAGUUUAUAGACCAAAACUGUCCAAACCCUUUCUGCCAUCCUCUGUCUGGAAAAUAUUUUGUCGGCAGGGUGAAGCUUUCAAUUAUGUGAAAACCUGCAAAGAGGAUGUUCAUGUAUUUGCCUUGGAAAAGAACACACAAAGUGGACAGAGGUUUUACCUUGUGACAACAUAUAAACAGCUUUGGUUUUAUUACACCAAAGGUUAUAAAACAAGUCUUAUGCAUUGCUAUGAAGUAAUUCCUGAAAAAGAUGCUUGCAAACUUUAUUUUGAUUUGGAGUUCUACAAACCAGCAAAUCCUGGUGCAGAUGGCAAGAGCAUGGUUGCGAAGUUAAUUGAGCUUGUCAGCCAAAAAUUAAAAGAACUUUAUGAUGUAAAUUGUUCAGCCAAAGAUGUCUUGAAUUUAGAUUCCAGUACUGAUGAAAAAUUUAGUCGACACUUAAUAUUUCUACCCCAAAAGACUGUGUUUAAGGAUAAUAUUCAUGUUGGUAACUUUGUAAGAACCAUUUUGCAGCCUGCCAUAAGGUUAAUGGAGAGUAAAGCUGCUGCUGUGAUUCCAGAAGGAGGAGCAGGACAUGUUUUCCGGUGUUCUGCAGAAGGAUUUGGAUUAGAUGGUUCUCUUACAAACCUCACAGCCAUUGAAGAUGCUUCCAAAGGCUGGCCAGCCAUUGCUCGCAAAACAAAGGAUAUCGAAACAUCACACCAGGGAGAAAAUCUGGAAUUUUCCUUUCUAAUAGUAAAUGAUAAAGAAGGUGACAAGCAACUUUUUGUGGAUCUAGGAGUUUAUACAAAGAAUAGAAAUUUCCGGAUGUAUAAAUCAUCAAAAGCAGGAAAAAAUGUGAUUCUGAAGAUAGCAGAGGAUAAUACGUUUGUCCCUAACUGCGAAGAGAAUGUUUCCUUGGAAGAAGCAUAUUUUCUUUCCUCUUUGAUCUGCAACAUUAGAGUGAGGGAUGACACAAAAGUUCUGUCAUCUGGCUUUUCUGAGGAGGGGAGAAAAACAUCUGCUUUUUUAAACAGUAAAACUACCAGAAGCAGUAGAGGUACCAUGGAAGGCUAUCAGGAUUCACCAUAUCCAGAAAUUGAUUAUUUUGUUCGUUCUUUGGUUAAUAAAGAUGGGGUACAAGGAGGAAUACGGCAAUGGAAUUAUUUCUCUCUGGAAGAAAUACUUGUAUAUGAUAUUUCUGGUUACCGUUGGUGUGAAAAUAUUGGAAGAGCUCACAAAAGUAACAACAUAAUGAUUCUGGUAGAUCUAAAGAAGGAAGUCUGGUAUCAAAAGUGUCAUGAUCCAGUCUGCAGAGAAAAAAACUUCAAAUCACGAAGUUUUCCAUUACCACCUAGGAUAUGUCUCCCGUUUCUUUUCAAAGAGGAAGAAGAGUAUACACUAAUGGAUGAAAGGGGGAACACAGAAGAAAAAGUCAAACCACAUUCUAAUGCAUCAGACUUGUCAAAAAGCUCAGUAUCUCUAGAAAAAAGCUUGUCUCAAGACUUCCUGUUGUCAGACAGCGAGUGGGACAAUGCAAGCGAUGCUGCCUGUUUCCUGGAAGCUACUGAAGACGUGGAACUAGCUGAAGCUGUAAAUGAUAGUCUGAAUUAUGCCAUGGAAGAAAUUCCUGAUGAAGUUCUUUUGGAAGCUGUAAGGAAACAGGACACUUGCAAUAAAGAAGGCAGCUAACCACAGACUUGGCUAGCAAACAGACUGCUAGCAAUGAAGCUUGCAUAUCACAUGCCUUCUGUGAAAGAUACUGCGAUGUAGUUCAAAAGCGCUCUUCCAGAGCUGUAAGAGAAAGAACUGAGUAACUGCUAACAAACAAGUACCCUCACAACUGGAUGAUCUUCAGCAGGCAUGAGGAGAUCACAGAAGAUUACACGGGGGCUGAAGAGUACUGGACUGAAAACUCAUCAUGAAUGCUGCUCCAAGUUUAGCGCUUUUAACACUCUCUGCUGUGCAGUUUCUAUUCUGUUAGUUGUAUGUCCAAGUUUUACUGAUAAGUCAAGGAAAAUAGAUUUUUUUUUUUACUUCCAGAAAUGGUAGGAAAUUAUUUAUUUCAAAUACAAUUUUAAUAAAAAGAUUUGUCUAUCAA